UCUUCGUGUUGCGGCGACUGCAGCGCGCACUGCGGGAGGAGUUGGAGGAUAAGAUGAAGAUGAUGGUGAUGAUGGCGGCGCUUGGGGGGUUGUUGUUCCCGAUCGCAGCGAGAGCAUCAGCAGGAGGCGACGAGAGCGAGGAGGGGCAGUCCACGCGCGCCAUCUGCACGAUGGACAGCGAGAUUGGGCCCUGCCGGGCCCUCAUCCCGCGCUUCUUCUACAACCGCUACACGCAGCGCUGCCAGGAGUUCGACUUUGGCGGCUGCAACGGCAACGCCAACAACUUCGAGACGUACAAGGAGUGCCGCAUCGCCUGCGGGACGGUGCAGAAGGUGGCCAAGAAGUGCCGCUUGGAGCCGGAGACUGGCCGCUGCCGGGCCGCCAUCGCGCGCCACUUCUACAACAUGACCACGGGCCGGUGCGAGAGCUUCGUCUACGGCGGCUGCGGAGGCAACGACAACAACUUCCGCACCGCCGAGGAGUGCGUGGAGAGCUGCAGGCGCCCCAACACCAGAGGGAUCCCCAAGAUCUGCCUGUGGCCGGCCGCGCGGGGCGACUGCGAGGACAAUAAGCCGCGCUACUUCUACAACGUGGAGAAGCAAGCGUGCGAGAUCUUUCACUACAGCGGCUGUGAUGGCAACGACAACAACUUCGCGAACGAGGAAACGUGCAAGCGUGUCUGCUCCAAGGACAUGAGAGCCUCAACUUCGAUGAUCCAACCCAGAGGCAAACCAUUCGCCAGCCGGAUGAGAGGAGCGGCCAUGUGGAGGAUGAAGCAACGAGCUGACCGCACGCAGCACCGAGGGCAGGUCUGACAAGAGUCGACAAUUGCAGCGCCGUCUGUAGUCGCGAGGUCGCUUGGGUGCCGUAGCGAGAGGCACCGACCGUAUCGUUGACGUACUUGUAUAAUUAACCCGCGUUAAGUUCCCCAACCAUUACAAAAGCUGCUCCUCCAUCCAGAUGCCCUUCAAAUAGACAAGUGGGGAAACGCCCCUAAGAGGGGGGUGGGGGGGUGGUCUGCCUCUGGCUGAUAGAGGCUCUUGUUUGCGGGGUUUUUUUUC